ACCAGCUGUUAAAAAAAGCUGUGAAAUUGGUGGAAGAUUGUUUGCUAAAAGUUAAUGAAAAUAAUCCAUAUUUAGUGAAUUUUAUACAACUGUGCGUUUAUAAUUUAUAGAGAUGAGGAUAUAAGCAAGUGUGGAAUGAUGAGUUACCUUACCGUGGACAGGCAAACGCCGUCCUCUAGCACAGACAAGUCUGGUGAUGCAAGCGACAAUAAUGAUGAUCUUGAGGUGGACAACUCCAAGAGCGUCCUCCUCAAGAUCGCCACGUUGUAUGCGGAGCAGCUGAUGAGCGACCUAGUCCUGGAGGUGGCAGGCGUGGGGUACCCGGUCCACCGGCUCAUACUGUGUGCCAGCAGUGAAGUCUUCCAGGUCAUGUUGAUGAACCGUGAAUGGAGCGAAUGGCGGGAGAGCCGCGUGGUACUGCAGGAGACACCGACCGCCGCUUCUGUGUUCCCGCAUUUUUUGAAGUACUUUUACACUGGACAAAUUCGGAUAUCCCAUCAGACUGUGCUUCCCGUAUUAUCGCUGGCUGAUAAAUACAAUGUUAAGGACCUGGUGACGCUGUGCCUGACGUAUAUGUCGCAGCACAUCGCGCAGGCUGCCAAGCGCGGCCAGCUCAUCGCCUGGAUGCAGUACACCAUGGCAUGUGGCCAUAAUGACGUCGCCAAGGCGUGCCAGAACUUUGUGAAGUGGAACCUGGAGUGGGUGUGGUCGGACGCGGAGUUGGCCGAGCUGGACGGCGAGACGCUGCUGGCGCUGCUGCAGCAGAGCGACCUCGUGCUGCACAACGAGAUGAGCCUCUACCAUUUCGUGGUGCGGUGGCUAAGCAAGCAGCGGACGCGACUCGACGCGCAAGGACUGGGCGAGGCGGAGACCAAGCUACACUGGGACUCGUUGGUCGCUGCUGUGUUCUCACACGUCAGGUUCCCGAUGAUGUGCCCGAACCAGCUGGCCAAGCUGCUGCUGUGCCCGCUGACGCAGGAGCACAAGGAGUUCUUCAUGGAGCGCAUGGCCAUCGCCAUGAGCUACCAGUCAGGUCAAUACGAGCGCGUGGCAGAAGUGCAGCAAUCGGAAGCGGGUCGUAUGCUGUUCACACCACGCCUCUACACCGAGGACACGUGGGGUUCCGUGCUCGGCGUCGACAACUUCCACUCGCUGGCCUGCUACCACACGAGGACCUUCAUCUUCAGCACCAGGUCGUCGAUGGCGGAGGUGUGCUCGGAGCGGCCGGCCGAGUGGUCGGUGGACCUGUACCCUAAGGGCGUGUGGUUCCGCAAGAGCCUGCUCAUCGUCUGGGCCGGCACCUUUGACGUGCCAGAAGUGGUACUGCGGACGGUGCGCAUCGCGAUCACGUGCCAGAACUGUCCCGAGCGCGCGCCCGACGACUGGGCCGGGCCCGAGCCCGACGUCAGGGUCAAGAUUGGAAUCUUAGUAUGGGGAGUGCAGAAAGGUGUAGAACACGUCUCUUCUGUCGUAGAGAGGGUGCAUCGGUUCUCAUCGCAAAACAGAGUGCUCAACAUAGACGGAGCGUUAGACUUUGACGAGUUAAACACUCCUCUCUACACGCCGUCCGCCAGCGAGGCCACCACCACUAUAGAGCCGCCAGUGACCCACAAGGGACCCACUCGGUGUCCAAAAUGUACGGACACUAGCGACGACCCAGAACCGAGGCAUCUAUUGGGACCCAACAGAGACCAAUUACGGAUACAAGUAGUAAUCGUCCCGCUAACGGACUACUGUCACGUGGGCGACGCGGCGUGACGCUCCCCGCCCCCGUGACGUCACGCGAACGCUCAGUGCUCGGUGUGAGACGUUAACCAAUGCAGCGGUCAAGUGCGAACUCUUCUGACUAGACGAGCCGUUCAGAAUGAAGAAAUAAUCGGCUGUUUAAAAUAAAUAUAUAAUAUCAUGCAAUGUAAACUCUAUUAUAACGACACACAAGGGACUGAGCUUUUUCGGUGUUAUUGAGAGUGGUCGUUAAAUAGAGUGGAACGGUAAUGCGGAGAGAAAGCAAGGUAAACCAAUAUUUCGACGUUAUAAGGGGUUUGUCGUCAAAUCGAGUAACGUUGUAAAGAGAUUAAUAUUGUAUUUCUUGUGUGCGCGUGCACCGGUUAUCAAUAACAUCUGUUCCUCAAUGAGUAGUUGAUAAGUAUCAAUUGUGAGCAUUCUUUUAGUUCAGAACAGCCUGUCUAGUACGUAUGAUAGUUGAAAGGACAUACUACACAUUUUCGAUGUAGCUACGUAAUGUGCCAGUGCCUAUUUGAUUGCCGUCGCCCGCACAAUUGGCCAAGUGCGUUUGAACCGACUGCCUCGGGUGAGAUCCGAAAAUACGUUUCGUGAUU